GGAGCUCAAGUACAGCUGCAGCAUGGACUUCAUGAGGGGGCACCCUGGCGGCGACCGGAUGGGUCUGGUGUCGCACAACCACAGCUACCACCUGCCGCCGCAGACAGAGGGCCCCAGCGGCGUGCAGCGGCCCCUGGCCAGGGACAAACACGGCGAGCGUCCCAAGGAGCACCUGACGCGGGACGAGAAGCGCGCGCGCGCCAUGAAUCCCCUCAGCACGGACGACAUCAUCCACCUGCCGAUGGAUGAGUUCAACGAGCGGCUCUCCAAGCACGAUCUGACCGAGGCGCAGCUCAGCCUCAUUAGGGACAUCCGGCGGCGCGGCAAGAAUAAGCUGGCCGCGCAGAACUGUCGCAAGCGGAAGCUGGACCAGAUCCUGACGUUGGCCGAGGAGGUGCAGCGCGCCAAGGACCAGAAGCAGCAGACGCUGGCCGACCACCAGUUCCUGAGCCAGGAGCGCAGCCGCAUCAAGGAAAAGUACUCGCAGCUGUACAGACACGUCUUCCAGUCGUUACGGGACCCGGACGGCAACCCGUACUCGCCGCUCGAGUACAGCCUGCAGCAGUCGGCAGGCAGCAUCCUGCUGGUGCCGCGCAACGCCACCAGCGGCGCCACCGUCGAGCCCGACCCGUCCACCGGCGCGCGGCGCAAGCAGCGCGACCCGCAGAAGCCUGAGUGAGCGGCC